AUGCGCACGAGCCGACUCCGGGAUGUCCCUUCUCCCUUAGACCCCGCCCCUCAGAACUCGACCUCAGCCGUCUCUCCGCUGCGCGCGUGCGCAGCGUCGUUUUUCCCGUGGCCCUCUGGGGGCGCGGGUGAUUUGUAUGUAAUGGCGUGCUGUUCGUCACUGUAUUGUUGCAAAAGAUACUCCUCUGUUAGCUGUGCGUGUGACAAGGGCAAGUGGAGCGACUCCUCGCUGUUGGGCAAGCGGCUCUCCGAAGACUCGAGCCGCCAACAGCUGUUGCAGAAGUGGGCAAGCAUGUGGAGCUCUGCGAGCUGGAACCCGGCGGCAGCCGGCGCGGAGGAGACGCAGCGCGAGGACGCAGCGCUGGAGAGGCCGUUGGUGUUUCUGUGCUCUGGCUGCCGGCGGCCGCUGGGCGACUCGCUGAGCUGGGUGACGAGCCAAGAGGACUCCGACUGCAUCCUGCUCCGCUGUGUUUCCUGUAAUGUUUCUGUUGACAAAGAACAGAAGCUAUCCAAACGUACACAUGAAAAUGGUUGCAUUCUUGAGACCUUAUACUGCACAGGAUGCUCACUCCAGCUUGGCUACAUAUACAGAUGUACACCCAAGAAUCUUGAUUUUAAGAGAGACUUGUUUUGCCUCAAUGUUGAGGCCAUUGAGAGUUAUAUUUUAGGAUCUUCUGAAAAGCAAAUUGUGUCAGAAGAUAAAGAGCUUUUUAAUCUUGAAAGCAGAGUUGAGAUAGAAAAAUCUCUAAAACAGAUGGAAGAUGUUUUGAAAGCAUUAGAAAUGCAGCUGAGGGAAGUUGAGUCAAAAUUGUUCUCCACCAAAAGCUGA